AUGAAAUUCAAAUGGGAUCGACCAGAAGACAUAUUACAAUGGACAAGUCUAGUUCAUGCUAGUAAUCCAGACUAUUGUAUAUCACCUAUCGAACUUGUUAAUGAGGAACUUAUACUAGCUUCUGGUGAAUAUCACAUGGUAUCUAAGGAUAAGGAUUUCAGGAAAAAAGACUCCCUAAGUAAUAAUACUGUAGAAGGUGAAUUGGAAAUUUUGCUUGACCUAGGAUUAAUAGACGAUGAUUCUCUUGCGGAUGUGGAAAAUUCUGCAGAUAAUUUGACUAAUCAAACAGCUGGGGACAAUACUAACAAUGUACAAAUUCAGUCAUCAAGGGAAUCAUUCCCCAAAAUUUCUCGCAAACAGGACAAGGUACAAGCCAUGCGAAGCGCCUCAAGAUCAAUGCAUUGA